AAUAGAUUAGAAGCUUUCACAUAUUUCAUGGCGGCCUCUAUGCCAUGCCGACCAAGGGUGUCCUAAUCGCACUCGCUCAACGUGCCUUUUAUAAUAAGCCCUCUUUUUCCGAGUUGCCUCGCUGCAGCCUUCUUUCGGUAUUUUCACACUCGCUACCUUCACUCCGCCAACAGGCUAUCGACGCGGCCCCCGUAAUGGCUCCCCGCUGCGCCUUCGCUCCGGCGCGCGCUUCUAGCCUCUUGCUUCCGCGUGCCACGGUGCAGAUCGGGGGACGGACCGCCAUUAAUCUGCCUGUUGCGCGCGUGUCGGGUAUCAGCAAUGCCGCCGCUUCCUUGCGCGCAAUGGCUUUGCACACCCCAAGCGCGCCAAGUCCCGUCAUGGUCCCUGCGCUUCCCCCUGUCUUCCGCUAUUUCUCUUCCGCCAAACCGCAAAACCCCGUUCCGCGGAAACGCCUUCCCCUGGUGGCGGCGCUUCAGGCGCAGCGCGCCGAUGCUGCCCCCGCUGCUGCAGAGCCUCCCCCGCCAGGCGCUAGCAGCGCAGAGAGCUCGGAAGCUGCUGGCGGAAGCGCAGGGGGAAGCCAAUCGCUGGCGGAAUUCGCCCCGCUGACGUGGCCCAUGCGGAGCCACCUAUGCGGGGAGCUGCGCGGGGGGGACGAGGGCGCGCGCGUGCAGCUGUGCGGAUGGGCGGGCGCGCAGAGGGGGCUGGGCGGAGUGAUCUUCAUCAGCCUGCGGGACCACUCGGGGAUCGUUCAGGUCAAGUCAGACCCAGAGCAGCACCCAGAGGCGCAUGCAGCGGCGCAGAGGGUGCGCAUGGAGUACGUGGUGCGGGUGGCAGGGGAGGUCAGGAGGCGCCCGGCAGACAUGGUCAAUGGGAAGAUGGCUACAGGAGAGGUGGAGGUCAUAGCAUCGGACGUGGAGGUGCUCAAUGCAGUGCGAGUGGCGCUGCCCUUCUCGAUGACGUCAGCAGAGGGUGCUGCUGACAACAUCAAGGAGGAGGUGCGCCUGCGCUACCGCCACCUGGACCUGCGACGGCCGCUCAUGGCAGCUAACAUGCGCCGGCGGCACGAGAUUGUGAAGACGCUGAGAAGGUUCCUGGAAGAUGAGCAGGGGUUCGUGGAGGUGGAGACGCCCAUUCUCACUCGCUCCACACCGGAGGGAGCAAGGGACUAUCUCGUGCCGUCUAGAGUGCAGUCAGGGGAGUUCUACGCCCUACCGCAGAGCCCGCAGCUGUUCAAGCAGAUGCUCAUGGUGUCGGGCUUCGACCGCUACUACCAGGUGGCGCGGUGCUUCCGGGACGAGGACCUGAGGGCGGACAGGCAGCCCGAGUUCACCCAGCUGGACAUGGAGCUGUCCUUCACACCGUUGGAUGAGAUGCUGGCUUUGAAUGAACGGCUGAUGCAGCACCUAUUCAAAACCAUCAAGGGAGUGACCCUUCCCAACACCUUUCCCCGCCUCACCUACGCCGAAGCAAUGCUCCGCUUUGGCUCGGACAAACCGGACCUGAGGUUCGGCAUGGAGAUAGCUGAUAUCUCUCACAUCGUUGCGGGCAGCACGUUCAAAGUUUUCGAGUCUGCCCUGGAGGCAGGCGGAGUGGUGCGGGCAGUGUCGGUGUCGGGCGGCGCAGCAAAGAUCUCAGCAACCCGGCUGAAGAAGGGCGACGUGUUUCAGGAGGCACUUAAAUCGGGUGCCAAGGGGCUGCCAUUCCUCAAGGUGCUGCCUGAAGGCAACAUUGAGGCCAUCCCUGCUAUCUCUGCUGGUUUCUCAGAUGCGGACAAAAGAGCCGCCCUGCUACAGUCCCUGGAUGCGCAAUCGGGCGACCUCGUCUUAUUCGCAGCGGGGCCGGCCGGCCAGGUGGCGGCAACACUUGGGCGGCUGCGUCUGUUUGUGGCGGGCAGUCUGGGUUUGAUUGACGAAUCGGCGGAGGCGAUUCUGUGGGUGACGGACUUCCCCAUGUUCGAAUGGAACGAGGAGGAGCAGCGGCUGGAGGCGCUGCACCACCCGUUCACGGCCCCCCAUCCCGACGACAUGGCUGACAUCCGCACUGCCAGGGCGCUGGCCUACGACCUCGUGUACAACGGUGUUGAGAUUGGUGGCGGCAGUCUGCGCAUCUUCCGACGGGACGUGCAGGAGAGGGUGUUCGAGUGCAUCGGCCUCACCCACGAACAGGCGGAGGAGAAGUUUGGCUAUCUCAUGGAAGCUUUCGACCUUGGAGCCCCGCCACAUGGUGGCAUCGCAUAUGGUCUGGACCGCCUGGCAAUGCUGCUGUUGGGCCAACCAUCCAUCCGAGACGUGAUUGCCUUCCCCAAGACCACUGCCGCCCAAUGCCUGCUCACCAACGCCCCUGCAGCAGUGGCAGAGCGACAGCUGGCAGAGCUGUCGAUUCAGGUGGUGGGAGAGGAAGGGGAGGACACAGGGGAUGAGGGGAAGUGAUAGACCGAUGGUGGUUGUCCUGUCUAGUCAUACCAAUACGGCCAACAACUAGUUCUGCUGAUUCACAGGAAGUCAUUCAUAAUGUCUAGUUUGUUCAGAAGGGCGAUGAAAAACUUUCUGUAAGGACUUAUAAUCACGUUCAGACCAGGCUCUCAGAUUCGUUUAAGGCCAUGCUAAUUGAUCAGUGUCGAUCUCAAAAAACACCCUGAAAAUCA